GAGAGAGAGACAGAGAGAGAGAGGGAGAGAGAGAGAGAAGGGGAAAGAAGGUCUUUCUCACAGGGGUACAAGACACAAUUUACAACAUUGUAGGGAAGACAGAACACAGCCAACAUUCCCUCCGGCUAAAGGCUGUUUUCUUAAAUUAGCAACCAGACUGCUGUGGAAAACCAGUAGCAAAGUAAAUAGGUCCACUGGUCAACACCAGACCAUCCCUUACACUGUUUCCUUUGGAUUUCACAUUUAGCCCCAGUGGACAUCCAUCUCAACUACUUCAACUGCAAGGCAGUGUCCACUGCUGUGAGCUGCCUUGUCUCAAGGUUUGGUCCAAUCUCAAAAUCAUGGAGUCUGCUUCCACUGAAGGCAAUUACUUUCUGAGCGUAACGCCUGUGCCCACACACAACCAAAGCUCCCACGACUCAUACUUGCAUAAAUUGGCCCACCUAGACGAGGCCCUUUACAAUGACUUCUACAGCUUGUGGAUAGCCCUGAUCGUGAUCAACGUCCUUAUCUUCCUUGUGGGCAUCCUCCUGAACAGCCUGGCUCUGUACGUCUUCUGCUUCCGCACUAAACCCAAGACAACAUCAGUGAUCUACACCAUCAACCUGGUGAUCACCGACCUCCUGGUGGGCUUCUCUCUGCCCACCCGGAUCAUCAUAUACUACAGUGGAGGGGUCUGCCUCACCUGCUCCUUCGUGCACAUCUUCAGCUACUUCGUCAACAUGUACUGCAGCAUCCUCUUCCUCACCUGCAUCUGCGUGGACCGCUACCUUGCCAUUGUCCAAGUGGAGGCCUCCCACAAGUGGAGGAACCAAAACUAUGCCAAGGGCAUCUGCAUCUUCAUAUGGCUCUUCGCCAUCGUGGUGACCUACACCAUCCUGACCACGGCAAUCAAAUACGCUGCCUGCUGCCUCUCCAAGCUCUUCGCUCUGACCGUCUUCGAGUUCCUCGUGCCCCUGAUCAUCAUCGUGGUCUUCACUGUCCGCAUCAUGUGCGCCCUGUCCAGCCGUGGCCGGAUGCAGCAGAGCCGCGAGCGGAGAAUGCGAGCUGUCCAGCUGCUGGUCACCGUGCUGGUCAUCUUCAUGAUCUGCUUCACCCCCUUCCACGUCCGGCAGGUGCUGGUCUAUGCAUACCCAGACAUGCCCCACCACGUCAGCCUGAUCGUCUACCAUGUCACCGUCACCCUCAGCAGUCUCAACAGCUGCAUGGACCCCAUCGUCUACUGCUUUGUGACCAACAACUUCAAGUCCACCAUGAAGGGCAUUUUCCGCAAGCCAGCAGCGGAGCAGACCAGCAGGGACAUCGCCAGCAUGCAGAAGAGCUCCAAGGGAUCGGAGACUGCCAUUCCAGUCACCAACACCAUGAUGAUGAGCACCUGCAGACCUCCUCUGCACCUGUGAAGCAGCGUCUUUCAGGGACUUUGCUGUACCUUUCACUGGAUGAAAUACAGUUGAACACAAACGUAUUGCCCCCCUACACUUAACUAUAAGAUCAUUCAAGACAUUUUAAAUGCUUUGUUUUUUAAUUUUUUUGAAUGCAGCGUGUUUGUUAAACUACAGGACAUUGUGUGUUUUAGUCUUUGUCAUAUUAAUUAUUGGCUAAUGUUCACCAAAUGCUUCUAUUUAACAUGUUUGCUUGAAUGAUCUUUUAUUAAGUGCAGGGUCCCUGUACUUUUGUCUGUGACUGUAGCUAUCUACCUAUACUGUAAUCGAUGUGUUUUGUGUGUAUAUAUUUACUGUUUAUAUUUAUAAAGGCAGUUUUCUUUCCAUGCAUGUGUAAUGGGUUAUACAUAUUAUUUUCUUCUGCGCUGCUUUGGAAAUUCUUUUAAGAUGUGUUGUUAAUGGUGGGCUGUGGUUGAAAAUAAUUGCUUAAAGUUACAAAGUGUGGCAUUGAUACACAGUUUAUCUGACCAGCCUGCGUUUUUGUUCAGUAGCAUUGUAAUCACGUGAUCAAAGUGCCAGAUUCUUUAAAAGAAUGUUAUAAUGGACUUUUCAAACGCAACUCAAUAUUUAUCAAUACAGGGUGCAAAUUAACAGGAAAGCCCAGAACUUUGUGCUUAUGGCCAAUUAUAAACCCUUAUGGAUUAGGGAGGGUUUUAAGGAUAGAGAUUCAAUAAGGAACUUGCAAUCAAGGACAUGUAAUUUCAAAUGUAACCUGACCUUGUGCACAACUUUGUGUACAUAAUAAAUAUAUGAACAAGUAAUGGUGUUUUUCCAUCUAAUAAUUCCAAUUGACAUUGCACUUCUUGUGCAGUGUAUAGACUGCAACCUUGUAGAGGCAGGGACUUAACCUUGUCUGUUCAACUGGACUAAGUGUGAUUUGAAUGACUGUACACAUUUUUGCUUACUGGCAAGUUCAAUAUGACGAAAUUUUAAAAACUCCUAUGCCAGAAUAACUAGACUUAUUAUAUAUCCUUCAUGUGACCUGAAAUAGAGUGCAAGGAUGCACCGGAUAUUAAGUUGUGUUGAUCUAUACUGUAGCUUUGAAAAAAAAAAAACUAAAUAUGCACCCAUAUUACAAACCAUGAAAAAGCUGAUGGUUGAAACAUACUGAGUGGCAUUUACUAGUAUUGUUUUGUUAGCUUUUUUAACUCUCAUUAAUGUGAAUUUCAAGGGACGGGCAAAAUAAAUCGUCUUAUUAGUAA